AUGGACAGAUGUAAUCAAAUAGCCAAUCCCUCCUCCAUAAAGCCGCCAGCUGCUCUACCUCCUGAUCUUCUCCUGUUCAAUCCAACGAAGUACCGUCUCCUCACCGGAUCACUACAAUAUCUCACCAUUACCAUACCUGAUAUCUUCUUCACUGCGAACACCUUAUGCCAACACACGCACAAUCCUUCAUCUCUCCACUAUCUCCUCCUAAAAUGUCUCCUUCGCUACAUUAAAGGAACCAUAUCCUUCGGUCUUCCCAUUUCGGCUUCAUCUUUCACUCUCUCAGCUUACGCAGAUGCAGAUUGGGCUACAGACUCAGAUACUCGACGCUCUACCUCGGGCUACUGUUGCUUCCUAAGUAAGAAUCUUAUUUCUUGGACUGUCAAAAAGCAGCACACCGUAGCCAGAUCCUCUACAAAAGAUGAGUACCGCUCUUUGGCCGCUGCUACCGCCGAAGCCAUCUAG